GUUGUUCCGACGGUUUUAGCUGCUGAGUUUGUUAAGUUAUUAAUUUAUUUUAUUGGAAUGGCACAUGRCGAUUUGCGGGUGGAGUGGAUCCGACAGAAGGUCACCGCCGGUUUUGUUUUAGGCAAAAAGUAUCCCGAGUGUUUCGACGAACUCCUCAAACGGGACAAUGGACAGGAACAGGAGAAAAUUGUCCGCUUUUUGAACGUUGUCUCUGAGGAGGACCGUAGUUCGUGUCUGUACUUUUUCAAAACAAUAAGAGAGGAAGAAGUUGAAGUUCCUCUUGGGAAGAAAGUUGAAGAGUCAUCAGAUUCUGUUCCGACAUCUUCAAGUGAAACACAGCUCACCUCUGACUCAAAUGAGAUAAAUGAGGAAAGCCAUACAACUGAAGUCAAACUGGUGUGUCAUGCUGAACUUCAUAUCUCAGUGGAUCAGUUCCCAGAGAGAUUUUUCAAAUCUYGUGUCAUCUACUUCAUCAGAAACACCAAGGAGACUGUUGUUCAGCCACUGGACAUGAAGGAGGCCAGCAUCAUAAUGCCUAGGUUGUUUAACUUUGGCAUGCAGUCUGGAAACCCCUUGCUGGCACUACAAAACAAACUAGUCAAUAUCUAUAUACCCAUGUUCACUGCCCAGAAAAUGACAGCGACAGGAGAAAGUAGUCAACACAAGCAGAACUGUCCUCAGGAAAAGAUCAGUAGAGGCAGUAAAAAGAAAAAGGGUAAACUGAAAAAACAAGGUGAGCAGCUCAUGAUGUGUGAUGAGUUGCUCAACAGGACGCACAAAUUUUUGGGAGUGGUCAACUCAACUCUUCAGCAGCUUCAAAUUGAAGGUGAGACUGUACUCCAAAUUCCUGAUCUGGACUUGAAGCAGGAGGUGAACAUGCUGCUUGAUAACCAUGAGGUGUUGGAGAAGUUGGAGCAGUGUGUGAUGAACUGGCAGACUCAGAUUACCAUUGUUAUUGAGGAACAGCAAGGCAAAAAGCCACAGGCACCUGGGCCAAUGGCAGAGAUAGAACUCUGGCAAGGGCGUGCUUCUGCUCUCAGUGGCCUGUGUCAGCAGCUCGAACAGCCUGCAGUCAAGAAGAUCAUGGAAAUACUGACCAAAUCAGAUUCAGGCAUUGUUCACACCCUGAAUGAAACUAUUGAUGAAUUAUCAAAAUACCAUUUAGAGUCAGRUCAAAUUACCUGUAUCCUUAAGACACUGGAAAGACACUUUAUGAACCUGGCUACUGGUGCAGAUUUUGCCAUCAUGCUUGACACCAUCCCUGAAAUGAUGGAGACCUUACAGAUUGUGUACACAAUGUCUUACCGCUACUACUCAAAUGAGCGUGUGGGGCCCCUAAUGGAGCGUAUUGCCUGGCAGCUGUGUGAGCGAGUGGCUCAAGGAAUUGAUGUCCACAGUCUAUUCAGGUAUUCAAAGAAAAAAGARAAGAGGCCAAAUCRUUGGUGCUCGAGGCUAAGCGGGUUCUGGAGACGUGGAAGUUGA